CUGCAAGAAGAGAUAUGGAAGGGACGUGAUACCGGUUUUCUACAAAGUGGAUCCAUCAACUGUCAGGAAGCAGGAAGAAAGAUACAAAGAAGCAUUCGAAGAGCAUGAACAGCUGUUUAAGGACGACAUGGAGAAAGUGCAAGGAUGGAAGGAUGCUCUAACCGAAGCUGCUGGACUCUCCGGUUGGGAUUCAAACGUUAUCAGGUCAGAAAACACACUUGUUGAAGGAAUUGUGGAAGAUAUUAUGAGAAAAUUGAAUCUUUAUUCCAUUAGUUAUGAUCCAGGAACUAUCGGCAUUGAAAAACAUAUUGAAAGCAUUCAGUUAUUGAUGCAUUUUGAGUCAUCAGAUAUUCGGAUCAUAGGAAUUUGGGGCAUGGGAGGAAUAGGAAAAACUACAAUUUCUGAACAAAUAUAUCACACAUUUACAAUGCAAUUUGAUUCCAGAAGCCUUGUUUUAGACACUCAAGAAAAAAUAAAAAGAGAUGGAAUAGACGCUGUCAGAAAAAAAUAUAUGCCCGAGCUUCUAAAUGAAGUACCAUCCCUCAAAGGAAUGAGGAUUCUCAUCAUUCUUGAUGAUGUUACUGAUUCGGUUCAACUUAAACAAUUGCUAGGAAGGUGUGAUAGUUUUGGACAAG